AUGGACGAAGAGAAUCGUCAUUAUUUGCUUUCAGCGCGGUCUAACACUAUUUACAACAACUCGAAUCUAUCGACACGGUCACGGCACAUCAUCAUCACCCAGUCCAAAAACAACACUACGGGAAGUCGUUUUCCAGCCAUGGAACAAACAAGGCAAAUGAAUCUCAGCCAAGUAACAACGAUUAACGCUGCUACAACGGGCAUUGAUGAGAUAAGUCGCGUAUCUCGCUACUCGUCCGUGUCUUCGAGCUCUUCCGUUAACUCGGCAACAUCAUCAGUUGUCUCAUCUUGCAGUGGUGGGGACCGAUGGGCGUCGCAACACGCUUCUAAUUCGUGCAAUUUAUGUCAUGAAAAGUUUUCACUUCUUCGACGGUCACACCGUUGCCGACGCUGUGGCUACUUGUUUUGCGCCAAGUGUUCUAGAUUUAAAGCGGCAUUGACGGGUCAUACGCACAAGUCACGUCUCUGCGAGACAUGUUUUCCCAAGGUUUUGUCUGGUAGCAAACCACCCAUGAACGCCUUUGUGCACUCCAAGGCGUGGGUCCCUCGUGGUGUGUUUACACAUAUGCUUAGCUAUUUGAACCAUGUGGAUCUGUGUCUGGCAUCCAUGACGUGCCGCUUUUGGUACAAGAGAGCUCUGCUGGAUAUUACGUGGCGUCCAUUAUACAUUAAGGAGUUUGGCGAUGAUGAAAGCAGUUCGCAGCGCGAGUCACUAGUGGCUUUUCAGCGUGAUGUACAUGGCAUUGGAUUUGAGAAUUUGUCAUGGUAUAACAAAUUUGCUAUCCGCUGGACGGCACGGAAGGCUGCGGAGAAGAAGAAGAGCUUUUUGGUCAUGUCGAGCUUGCUGGCGUCGCUCAAGCUAAGCAAAUAUGCAACUCUGUUCGAAGCAGAGGAGAUUGACAUUGAAUCACUGUGUCUGAUGAACGCCGGCCACCUGCGCGAUCUUGGCAUCCCGUUUGGCCCUCGCAUGAAGCUGCUGAAUGCAGCAGCGUGUUUAGCGGACUUCAACGAGGAUGAUGAUGAUGAGCGACCAUCGAUGGAGUCGACACCCAUUACACCGGUAGCUCGAUUUAAGCAGAAGCGUGCUGAGAUGAAGCAUUUCCGUGCAGGGCUUGUCCGCCGUGUGCAGCAAUCGGCAGUGCGCAUUGCCAUCCUGACAAACGAAGGAGAGCUUUGUAAUGUGGGCUCUGGCAUCAUCAUUCACGAGGAUGGACUGAUUGCUACUGCUCGGCAUUGCCUUCAGGGUGAGCAGUUUGACUGCAUUUACAGCGACGAGUACAUGCUUUUGGUGGCGCCUACAGAAUCUACGUCACUGCCGCCGUUAUGGAAGUAUCACGCACGUGUGAUCCCUGAAUGUUGUAAUGAGGAGCUCGAUUACGCUCUGCUGCGCUUGGAUUGUGAGGUCAUUUCGGACCCACCGAGCGGACUGUAUAUAGGCGAUGUGACGGACCGUAUGAUCGCGCGCAACUGGACAGUAACGAAACUAGAAGGUACUUCUCGAGAAACGAUAGGCAAGUUACCGGCUGUACGCAUUGGCAAUUCAAACAACGUGGAACCAGGUGACGAAAUGUGGAUGUUUGGUUACCCAAGCAGUGGUCACAAUACCAUCACAGUGCAUCAUGCAAUCUGCUCUGGCACCGACUCUCAAGUAUACAAGGGUGAAGAAGUUGACAAGGCAAUGCUCCGUACCGCAGCACAGCUAGAUAACGGCUUUAGUGGUGGUGCUGCUGUGGAUAAGAAGGGUCUACUCGUAGGUCUGAUUUCCUUCAGCGUGUUGCGUCAGGACCGCGUGCGCGCUAUCAACAUGGUCAAGGGAGCCAUUGAGUACGCCAAGCGUGAGCAUAGCUAUUCAUGA